AUGAAAUUAAUAAUCUUGAUUCUUAUAUGCACUACUGCUUUUGGUGCGAUAUUUGAAUAGGGAUAUGUGUCAUCGAGCGCAAUUCCAGCCCAUAAAAUAUACAGACAAGAUAUAAAAUUUAAUAAUAAUUUUGCAGAAAUUCCAAAAAUCGUUUUGAGUGUGAUUGGUUACAACUCUAACUACAAUAGUUUAGACUUCUUUUCAAGAGUAACUGACAUUACAAAUGAGGGUUUUUAAUUGUAAGUUAUAAGCGAUUCUGAAAUCAAUGAAAUUAGAUUUAACUACUUAGCAACAGAACAUAAGGAUGUUUAAACGAUAUGCAAUAAUAUUGAAGUUUAAAAGGAUUCAAUAGACAUCAAAUUUAAUACUGCAUAUGAUGAAUAACCAUAAGUAGCAGCUUUUUUGACAGGAAUUCACAGAAAAAACUAAGAUGAUAUCAUCUUGGAGAUAAAAUCAAUUGACAAGAACUCAGUUCAUUUAACUACACAAUCCAAAGCAGAAAGCUCUCUUGGUUUAUGCUUACUCAUAGCACCUUCGGAUGUAUUUAGCAGAAAAGAAUUACCAAUCAUGUAAAUAUCCCAAGGGUUACCAAAUACUUGUUUUUAUGGAAUUUCUUCUUUAUCUGGAGUAACAGAUAACGGAAUUUAAUUGAGUUUAAAUUAAUAACAAGUUGAAAACUCAUUCGAAAUUGGGUUGACCUUGGUGGAAAUCAAUCCAAAUUACAUAACCAAAUAAGAAGGGGAAGGUGAUAAUAAUACAGUAUCCUUCGAUGAUUUAGUCAAUAAGCUUAGUCCAGAAGAGCAAUAAGUAAAUACUGAUAUUUUUGAGACAGGGAGCAACACUAGUAUGAAUGGUAUAUAAAUAACCUAAGAAGAACUAGAUUCAGGAUCUCAGAUAAACUCUAUUUCUUUCAUCUAUCCAGAACAAUAGAAAUAAUUGUAUAUUGAAGAUGAAGAACAAAAUCUCUCAUCAGCUCAAGAGGAUGGCUAAGAAAUCAUGACAAUCAGUGAGUCAUGGUUGUAACAUGACUUAUCAGUUGUAGAUUCUUCUGAAGACUAAUCUGAAGUUUCUCUUGACAACACUAGCACUUAAGCUUAAAUCAAUGAAGGAUAACAAUUCUUAACUAAUUUGAUUAAACCACAAGAUUAUAACACAAACUCAAUUGAAUAGGAAGACUUUUAAUCAUUUAAUCGUUAACCCGAGAACAUUGCUAUUGUUGAUAGUACUUAAUCAAUUAUAGAUGAAAACUAUAAUAGAAAUAAUUAAGAAUUUGAAUCUGAAAACUCUAUUUCUAUGGAUUCCUCAAUGUCAUAUGAUGUUGAAAACAAAAUCGAAGAUUAGAUUGAGGAAUAAAUUGAUUCUUCAUAAUAAUAAACUGUUGUUGAAGAUCUACAAGAGUAGAUUGUGGAAAUGCAAUAGGAAAUGUAAAAUUUGUAACAAAAUUCUGAAAGCAAUUCAUCAUCCGAAUUGGAUCCAUUCAAAAUUAUUGAACAACAACAGUUUAUAGUUGAAUAAUAAAAAUAAUUGGUUGAAUAACAAUAAUAAAUCAUUCAAUAAUAUUAAAGAUUAUUUGAAGAGUAAGUUAAGAUGUUAUCUGAUAAACAACCAGAUAAUUAAUUGAAUGAAUAAGGAGACUAGGAAUUAAAAGUGGAAAGCAAUGAAGACACAAAAUAAGAGCAAAUAGAAAAUAAUCCAACUUAAAGUGAAAAUGCCAAGCAAAAUCAAGAAACUAAUUAAGUUGAAUAAAAAUAGGAAGAAUCUUAAAAUGAAGAAUAAUUGUCAUAAAAUACUUAAGAUCAAAAGUAUGUGUUGUAGGAUAUUCCAAAACUCAGUUUAGAAGAUAAAAAUGACUUAGAAAAAGAUUUAGAAUCAUUUGACAGACUCAAAUAGAGAAAAGAUUAAAUUGAUGAAUAAAAAGCUACCAAAAUAUUAAAAGAAAUAACUAAAAAUUUAUAAAAUGAUGACAAAUUAGAAGAAAAAUUUAAUUAAUUAGAAGAUGGCCUUAGCGAUGUCUUAUAAAUGAAAUAAUCCAAUGUUGUUGAAUCUAAUUAAAAUAAUGAGUUUACCAAUACUGCUUCGAAUAAGAGAGUUGAAUUUAGCAAUGUCUAAAAUAAACUUCCAACCUCUGAACUUUAAGAUGUGAGUAAUUAAGUUGAAAACAUAAGUUUAUAAGAAAUCAGUGAAGCGAUAUUCCCAUAAGAAUAUGAAAUGGAAUAGGCAUAUUUUGAUUGGACAAUGAAUUAAGGUUUCAUUAAAAAUAGAAAUGAGUAAUCAAACAAUUAAGAACUUAUCUAAUAAUCAAUUAUGCCAAACUAAUAAAGCCAAGAAGAAUUAUAAAAGCAAAUUGAAGAAUUCUUAGAAUUAGAUAACAAUGAUUCACAUCUGAGCGAUCCACUUUUUGACGAUUUUCAUUCAUUCUUUUCUGUUAAUUAAUAAGUUAAAAACAAUUUAAGGAAGAGAAAAGUAUUAAAUGUUUGA